UCCUCCCCGCCAGCCCGCCCGGAAGCGGCGCGGGGCCGGGGCGCUGCGGGCCGCGCUAUGGCGGGCACAGCGCUCAAGCGGCUGAUGGCUGAGUACAAGCAACUGACCCUGAACCCACCAGAAGGGAUAGUAGCAGGUCCUAUGAACGAGGAAAACUUCUUUGAGUGGGAAGCUCUGAUUAUGGGUCCUGAAGAUACCUGUUUCGAGUACGGGGUUUUCCCUGCUGUUCUGAGCUUCCCACUUGACUAUCCUCUAAGUCCUCCGAAGAUGAGGUUCACGUGUGAGAUGUUCCAUCCAAACAUUUACCCAGAUGGGAGAGUUUGCAUCUCUAUUCUUCACGCUCCUGGGGAUGAUCCCAUGGGAUAUGAGAGCAGUGCUGAGCGGUGGAGUCCUGUGCAGAGUGUGGAAAAGAUCCUCUUGUCUGUCGUUAGCAUGCUGGCAGAGCCAAACGAUGAAAGUGGAGCCAAUGUAGAUGCUUCCAAGAUGUGGCGGGAAGACAGAGAACAAUUUAAUAAAAUUGCCAAGCAGAUUGUGCAGAAGUCACUUGGACUUUAAGCUCACAAAAAGACUGAAAUGUUUUGUAUUUCUCUCCACCUGAAAAAGAGCAGUGCUCAGUGCUGGUACCAAAAAGGAAAACUUUGCAAAACUAUUGGUCUAGUUCUUAUCCUUCAUUAUUUAUUUGCCAUCUCUUUUCUGCUUCCGCUGCUGCACAGAAGCCUCUAGUUUACUCACUAAAUUGUAUGGGAAAGGGAUUUUUUGCUGGGGAAAAUAAUGGGAACAGUGCUGUUUGAAAGGCUCUUUGUUGCUACCUCACUUCAUGGUAUGGAAAGCUUGGAAACUUUGCAAUCUGCAGCCCGCUUCUGUCAAUCUGCUAUUGGAGAACAGCCUUAGUUAGAUGACCUGCUGGAGGAGUUAGCUUUGCAUUUGUAUAGGCAGCAUUGCAUUGGGAACACCAGUAGGCAGAAAAUAAUUAUUAGUUUUAUUAUACCAGCUAAGUUAAGGACAGCGUUUGCAGUCAGAACUGAUUUGAAGAGUGGUUAACCAGAGAAGCUAUAAAAGAGGGUUGUAGACAGAAUGGUUUAACAUAGGAAGUGAUUCAGCACCAUCUAACUUGAAGAUCCACGUGGUCAUUGCCAGCAACUGGCUGGUACUCCUGCGUUACACUGUGAAUUUGUACUGAGCCUUAGAGUUUGGGUUUGCUUGGAAGAAAGCCCAAGAAUUGCUUUAUUGGUCCUUGAAGACAUUCAGUAUAAACAUGACAUUCAAUUGGAGGUGCAAGAUGUAAAGACUGAGUUUUUAAAUACAUACAGGGUUCACUGUGAGCCCCAGGUAUGUCAUCUGCAGCCUGAAAAUGCAAUGAGGUUGUUCCUGCUCCAUGGGGGAUGUAAGAUAUCUCUGCAGUUAGGUCAGCUCUUCUCUCCUGUAGCCAUUUGGACGCUCAGAAAAUGAGGCAUCGCUGGCCUUUGCCACCACAGCCCAGGUCACCCAGUUUUCAGGUGAAGGAGCCUUUGCCACCAAUGAGUUUUGUAAAAUGGACUGCAAUGCUUCUUUAUGCUGAAUGCUCUUAAGUAGGAGUCACAGGCAACCUCAGUUCUGUUCUCUGGAGGAUGGUAAGAUGCUUGUUUAAAAGGGCAGAACACUGUAGGCCACUUCUGGUGGCAGGAGAUGACCUGCAAUGCUUUGUGAAGCUGCUUGGGAGCCACUGGUGACCUUUGCAAGUGAGUCUCUUGUUUAAAGCCAAAUCCUCUCCAAUUUAUUACAAGCAGCAACGCCCAUUGAUGGCAUGUGAAAUCAAA